UCAAAUAAAGGUCCCCAGCCCGCGUCAAGUCUAUCGUGCUGCGCACUCUUCCCGACUUCUCUUAGUGUCACUCCACUCUCUACAAGCUUUCAAAAACCCUUCUCUCUGUAAAAAUGGCAGACAAGCUCAAAGUGGAAGAGCUCCGAACCGAACUCUCCCAACGUGGGCUAAGCACCGCCGGAAUUAAGCCCUCCCUGGUCCGAAGACUCGAAACCGCUCUGCGCAAAGAAAACAAGCAGCCAGCAACGGCUACAGACGAUGGUGAUGCUUCGGACAAUAAGAAGAGACGGAGGGACUCAGAAAAUGGGGGUUCCCAGAAAAUCGAGGCCGUCGAGGAGUUUCGAAAAAUGGGGAUUCGGCAAUUGCGUGAACAAACGGCUCUUCGAGGCGUUUCAUCAUCUGGGUCCAAGAAAGAGCUUCUAGAAAGGCUCUGUGAAGAUUUAAAAGACCAGGAUUUAAAGGACAUUCCUGAAGCUAAUGAAAAAGAAAAAGAAAGCGAGAAGGAGAAGAUCGUAACGGCAACCAAAAAGGGUGCGGCGGUAUUGGAUCAAUGGCUUCCAGAUCACAUAAAGGGUCACUUCCAUGUUUUGCAACUGGGUGAUGAAAUAUAUGAUGCCAUGUUGAACCAGACGAAUGUUGGAGAUAACAAUAACAAAUUUUAUGUGAUUCAAGCUCUUGAAUCUGAUGGUGGUGGUACAUUCAUGGUUUACCGUAGGUGGGGGAGAGUAGGAGUAAAGGGUCAAGACAACAUACAAGGUCCUUACACAUCACGAGACAGUGCAAUCCAGGAGUUUGAAAAUAAAUUCUUUGCCAAGACCAAGAACCAUUGGUCCAAUCGAAAAGAGUUCACUUGUCAUCCAAAGAGCUAUACUUUGUUGGAAAUGGAUUAUAGUGAGCAAGAGAAAGAAUUAGAUGUCAAAGAGAAGCCUGACUCUGCUUUAGGAAUUCAACCUCGCGAAACACAACUUGAGCCACGCAUUGCAAAAUUUAUAUCUCUAAUCUGCAAUGUCAGCAUGAUGAAACAGCAAAUGAUGGAAAUAGGAUACAAUGCUGAUAAAUUGCCACUUGGCAAGCUAAGCAAAUCAACAAUUUUGAAGGGUUAUGAUGUCCUGAAGAGGCUUGCUGAUGUGAUUAGCCAGUCUGAUAGGAGAAAACUUGAACAAUUAAGUGGAGAAUUCUACACUGUUAUUCCCCAUGACUUUGGCUUUAAAAAAAUGCGUGAAUUUGUAAUUGACUCUCCUCAGAAGUUGAAAAGCAAGUUGGAAAUGGUUGAAGCGUUAGCUGAAAUUGAGCUUGCGACGAAGUUAUUGAAGGAUGACUCUGGGGUGGAGGGUGACCCCUUGUAUUCUCAUUACCAACGCCUUCAUUGUGACCUGACACCGGUUGAAGUUGAUUCUGAGGAAUUCUCUCUGAUUGCGAAAUAUAUGCAGAACACUCAUGCAAAAACACAUUCAAACUACAAUGUGGAUAUUGUUCAAAUAUUCAGGGUAUCGAGAGAGAUGGAAACUGAACACUUCAAAAAGUUUUCCACUGUGAAAAAUAGGAUGCUCUUAUGGCAUGGUUCUCGGCUCACAAACUGGACUGGCAUUUUAUCCCAAGGUUUGCGCAUAGCUCCACCUGAAGCGCCUGUAACAGGUUACAUGUUCGGAAAGGGGGUUUACUUUGCUGAUAUGUUCUCCAAAAGCGCAAAUUAUUGCUAUGCUACUCAUGCUGCUAAGACUGGCGUGCUUCUUUUGUGUGAGGUAGCACUGGGUGACAUGGCUGAGCUUCGAAGUGCAAAAUACGAUGCUGAUAAGUUGCCCGAAGGGAAGUUAAGCACAAAAGGCGUAGGAGGUACUGCACCAGAUCUUGCAGAAGCUCGGGAACUCGAGAAUGGUGUUCUUGUUCCCCUAGGAAAACCUAAAGUGCAUCCGGAGCCUAGGGGUGCUUUAUUGUACAACGAGUACAUAGUUUACAAUGUGGACCAGAUUAGGAUGCGUUAUGUUGUUCAAGUGGAUUUCAAUUUCAAGUGAUCACCAGCAUCAGAAUACUAUUCCAUUUUUAUUGAUGAUUUGCCAUCCAGGUUUUAUAUCUAUCUUUCACUGUUCACUAGUUCUCCAGCAGUAAUGCUUUAAUAAUGUAUAUUCGGAAAUACGGUACUUUGCCCUCUUUAGUGAACAAAAGGAAAGUUGCUAUCCCGAGCACUUGGAAA